AGUGGCGGAUUCGCAAAUGUUUUGAAUAUGUGGUAAUUUAUUGUUUUUCAAAAUUAUAUUCCGAAAAAUUGUUUUCCCGUCAAUUUCUAAGACCCGGUUGUGUGGCGUCACAAAAGAUUCGCCUUUUCGCGUCAAAAUAAAGGCGAAAACGCUUUUUAGGGCGUGUAGAAGCUGGCGUACGAUAAUGGCCGUGUUUAGUUGAGUUUGUAGCAGACCCAACAGAGAGACGUUCACAGUAAACCUGUGUGCGGGCGAAAAUAUCGACGUGGUGGCGUCGUUGCCUUGGAAAAUAUUAACUUUUAGUGUAAUUAAAGUGCAGUGUGGGUAUUAGUGUCACUGGUUUGAGAUACAUUUUAUUGAAAUUGCAAGCUGUCCAAGUUUUAGAUGACAAAAAUCAAAUGACAUCCGUACAUCAUAUUUUUUAAAUUUUGGGAUGAUAUCCAUUUGUGUUUGGAUGGACAUUAUAGUCCUAAAUGGUUAUGUAAUGCAAUGUUGGAAAGAACAACGAGAUCAUAUUUCGAAGAUAUCUUAUCGAAAGAUUUCACUUACCUUGAAAAACAGGAUCUGAUCUCCCUAGAGAACAAAAGGAACCUGAGGUGCAAACUGAGAAAUUCAAACUUAAAGGAGACCGAUGACGUUGGUCGCUCCUCAGAUGAGCGGAACAUGACACGGAAGACCAGAACGAGGAGGCCACGGAUACCAGCCAUCCAGUCUGGAUAUUGCGCUGUUUGCAACAUACCUUACAAUAACGUCGAAGACCACAUACAAUCCAAGAAGCACUUGAAACUUAUCGGAGAGGAUGCAAAUUAUAUCGCACUGAACGGUUCUUUAAACGGCUUCUUGCAAACCAGCAGCAUCCCUUUUUUGAAUCUUAAUGGCAUAGAUGCAAUAGGAGUACACGAGACGUCCCUUGAAGAUUUUUCCCCGAAAUACAAACGCAGAAGUAUGCCGAGAACGAGAGCCACUUCUGUUGUGAGCGACAGGGUAACAAAACCAUCUCCUCUAUCGCCCACGGGUAGCGAUGUGACAGGACAUCAUCUUAGGUCUCGCAGGAACAUCAACUACAUGACGCCUCCUUUGGACGACGACAGUUUACAGGAAAAACUGGAUUUGACUGAGAAGCGAGUAAUAGAGCCAGUUCAUCAAGAAUAUCGAGAAUAUCGGGAACUGCGAUCGAGUACGAGAGCUUUAGCGAAAUUAACAGAACAAAUAUCCGACCAUCACGAGGAAGUGUGGAAUUCAGGUCGACCAAAAAGAGCAUGCAUCAGACAGAAACGCGUCUCUGCCGAUGAACGCCUCGUUUCUAACAACAAAACUUAUUACAAGGUGGAAGUGUUGUCGUCCAAGCUCCGUUCGAAUACGAACCAACCGAGGGAGGCAGACGUUAUAAAAACGCGUCAGUCGCAGUUGGCAAAACGCGAAGAAGAGGAGAAGGAAAAGGGAUUGAUCGUAAAAUUUAAAAAACUGAGGAACUCCGAGUUGAUCCAACUGAAUAACGAGGCCACAAAUUUCUUAUUCCCUAAAAAAGAUGACGAAUCGAGCGAAGAAGAGGAAGAAGAAGCGGAUGCAGACUACGCAAGUGCCACGGCCAGUGUGACGCAUGGAAACGAUUCUAGCGAUGCUGAGGAUGGAGAACAGUUAUCGCAGAAGUUUAAAGUGGAAGAUGAGGCUUCCAUGGAUAGCACUUGCUCCGAGAAUAAGAGAAAAAAGAAGAGACGGACACAUGCCGAGGCGUUUAUCAUGGACAAUCAGAAGUAUUACAAGUUUGAAAUGCCCGGUUCAAGUUCUUGCAGGUUGAGGUAUCAUGGGUCAUAUCUACCGUCUAUUAUGAAAUCGCCAAAACAUGGAGAAGCUUGUUUAGUGAAAAAGGAGAGGGACGAUGCCACUGAAGAACCGAAGGAAAAAAUCGGAAGAGUGAAUAGGGGCGCAAGGCUCUCACUUGAGAAAUACAAAUUCUCAUUUGAAAAGAUACCUCGUAACACAGCAUGGUACAACACCUUCCAGCGGAUCGAUAAAGGGGAACAGAGAUAUACAUUUUUCAACAAUCACUAUUAUUGGGACCCAUUCAUCUUACCUUACCAAAUGCCAACAAUCACGCCAUUGGAUCCGAGAGUCUGUAUGGGCCAAUAUAGUCAGCUGUUGAAGUGCAUCUGUGAUCCAACAUCAGAGACCGAAUCGAUAGGUUGCAGUACUCCAGAAUGCAGCAUUACCACUUCCAACACCUCUAUGUAUGAGCCGGAAAUAGAUGAAGACAGCAAGAUGAGCGUAGUAACCGUCAGUUCUACGCACAGCAUAGAGGAACCCAUAGAAAGGAAAAGAAGAGGAAGACGGCCACGGUCACUCAUACAGGCCAGUGCUAGUGGUAAAAAUCCAAGAAAAUCCCCAAGACAGCACGCCUCUACUUUGGCCAUAUUGAGUAGUCUGAUUCACCAGAGGAAGAGAAGGUCAAGGAAUAAGGCUCUAAACGACUCGAAUCAAAGCUUGCCCGCCAUCCCGGAAGAAGAUGUCAGUCCUCAACAAUCCCCUCAAAACCAACGGUCGCUACAAAAGACGAAAACACCCCUAAGGAAGUUCAAACCCAAGAUAGACUACUUUUCGAUGGCCCGACAAAUAGACGAGGAACUGGACAAUGCUUGGGAGGACGACAACUUGGAAGAAUUAGAACUAGAAGUCGAGGAAAACCCGAUAGACAUCGGCAAGAACAAAGUAACUGUCAACGACGUCUUGAGGUUGUACGAGGAAGAAAAGUCGAAGGAAGACGGGAAGAGCUGCAAGAGGUUCUUUAACGGAACGCCGGGACGUAAACCCGGAAGGAGGAAGAAAAAGAACAAAACGGGGUGGCCGAACAAGAACAAGCGGCUGUCGAAGAAAGGACAAGAGAAGGAGAAAGAAGAAGAGAAUGACGAUAGUACAAUAGACUCCAUGAGCGUCAACAUGGAUUCCGAGGAGGAGGCGUGCGAGGAAGACGCAAACUCGACUGAUAGUGUAAAGAAAGUAGUGUCGGGCAAAGGCCAACAGAACGGUGAUCAAGCUUUAAACAACGUGAAAGACCAGAACGGCGACGUCGACAGGGUAGAGAAGACAGACAUUAGUGACAAAGUACUGACCAACAAAGUGACUAACAGGAGUGAUUUCCAACCGUACGUCUGUGUCGAAAAGCUGGAUAGUGAUAAACUGUUGGGGAAGCAAAUCGGCACCCCCAAAAGGACGAAUAGGAGGCAGAGGCGGAUGCCCGGCUCGCCUAAGUCCCCCAGAAUGUUGCGGAAGCCCAGAGGCAGGUGGUAUCGAGAGAGAUAGAAUCCACAUGUAUUUUUGUAAUUAUUUAUUUUAAUGUAUUUUCGAUUAAUUUAUAAGAGAUUGUAUUCUAUUUUGUACCAAAACUAUAUUAAUUUUAUAACUUUAAUGACUUUAAUUUUGUAAGGCGGGUGGCCCGUUCAGAUUCUUCAUUUCUUUAAUAGCAUCUGUAGUUUAUUCCGUGUGUAAAUAGAAAUCCGCUAAUUUAAAAUCAAAUGUUAUCGAGUUGUCAGAGAAUUGCACGAGGCCAUCGACGGAGCGAAUAUUUGUUGCAAAUAAAAAAUUUAA